AUGCGCUUCGAGGGCGCGGAGCGGCGCGACGCCGUCGCCUUCCACCCGCUGCUGGCGCCGCGGCCGAGUGACUUCUCUGUGUCGGCGCUGCUGACGGCGGGCGCGCUACCGCCGCCGCCCUACCUGCCGGCCGCGCUGGCCGCCGCUGCCGCACUGUCCGCGCCCUGUCCGCUGCUCAAGCCGCCGCCGCCGCCGUAUGCGCCGCUACCCCCUGACGACGACGGGGUCGUUGACGACCCCAAAGUCACCCUCGAGGGAAAGGACCUCUGGGAGAAGUUCCACAAGCUCGGCACCGAGAUGGUGAUCACCAAGAGUGGCAGACAAAUGUUCCCACAAAUGAAGUUCCGCGUGUCCGGGUUGGACGCGAAAGCGAAAUACAUCCUUCUUCUGGACAUCGUAGCAGCCGACGACUACCGAUAUAAGUUUCAUAACAGUCGGUGGAUGGUUGCCGGCAAGGCAGAUCCUGAGAUGCCCAAGAGGAUGUACAUUCACCCAGAUUCGCCGUCAACAGGCGAACAAUGGAUGCAAAAGGUUGUCUCCUUCCACAAGUUGAAGCUGACAAAUAAUAUAAGCGACAAACACGGAUUCGUGAGUACCUGCUUUAUUAGAUCGCUU